CAGUGAGAGCGAUGUGCGCGAUUCUUGAAUACAAAUCUAGGUUAUAACUCACAAUCUUAUCUACACUCGAGUGAUAUCAUGCCAUUGGAAAGUAAAACCGAGAAUAUGAAAUCGUAAUUUGGUUUAGAAAUAGAAAAAAUGUACGAAAACAACAUUCAUCAUAAACAUUCGAAAAUGGAAGACAUUGGGUUGGUUAUGAAGGAAAUAAAAUCCAAUAACAUGCCGAUAAAAAGACUGUUGAAAAACGAGGUGGAAGUCAUACCAGCUGUUGAAGAGACAGAAGAAAACGACUGUGAUAUAGAACCUAUAGAACCUAAACAAAUUAAAGAAAUUAAGGAGCCUGUAGAACAUAAGUUACCAUCGCCAGCUGGUUCGUUCAGUAAAGCCCCGAAAACGCACCACUCAGACAUUCCUAUGUAUAGUUUUAACUCAAUUUCCUCGCACCAAAGUAGCCCUAACUUUAGGAGAAACAAUAGCGUUAGAUCUCUGAAGAACUACCACCAUUUAUUGGGUGAUUUAGGGGCAGAAACCUCCUAGUAGUGAGUCAGGGAUUGUUUCUAAGUCUUCUGACGCCGCGUCACUCAGGUCAUGGUCAUCGGUGUAUAUGGGGUCGACCGAUGGCAAAAAGAUGAUUGUUAGGAGAGUUCCCACAUCACCGGUGGAGUUGUUUAAUAUCGUUAAUCCUCCAACACCACCAGAAGCGUACACUCUGGAAAAUGAUACAGACGAUGAAACAGGUGACGAAGACAACGACGAAUAUGGGAAACCAAGAAGACAGCAGUGGUCCAAUAAGUUACAGUUUGUUCUGGCUUGUAUUGGAUACAGUGUUGGACUAGGCUCAAUAUGGAGGUUUCCCUACCUUUGUUACAAAAGUGGAGGAGCCGUUUUUCUCAUUCCAUAUGCAAUAAUUAUGAUAUUUAUUGGGGGACCCAUGUUAUAUAUGGAAUUAGCAAUAGGUCAAUUUACAGGACGAGGUCCGAUAGGUGCAUUGGGACACCUCUGUCCUUUAUUCAAAGGAACUGGUAUUGCAAGUGUAGUAAUAUCAUUUCUUCUUUCAACGUACUAUAGUGUUAUCAUAGCGUAUGGAAUCUUUUAUUUUUUCACUUCGUUUCGAGUAAAUCAACCAUGGGACGACUGUACACAUCGAUGGAAUACCAAGAAUUGCUGGGACCAAAUGAGGCAGAAGCUAAACCAUUCGAAACCUAGACAUACUCAAUCGCCUGCUGAAGAAUUUUAUGACUUAAAGGUUCUUCAAAUAGGUAAAGGUAUAGAAGACUCUCACAACCUUAGAUGGGAACUUGUGGCCUGUUUACUGUGCGCCUGGAUCCUUAUCUAUUUUGCCAUAUGGAAGAGCAUCAAAUCAUCAGCGAAAGUGCGUUAUUUCACAGCGACGUUUCCAUUCGUCAUCAUCAUCAUAUUAUUAAUAAAAUCUUUGACAUUAGAAGGAGCUGAUGUCGGAAUGAGGUAUUUUUUCAAACCAAAAUUCGAGCUGCUUCUGAAUGCAGAGGUUUGGGUAAAUGCAGCUAGUCAAACUUUCAACUCAAUGGGUUGUGCUUUUGGAUCAAUGAUCUGUUUCGCAAGUUAUAAUAAGUACAAUAGUAGUAUUUUACCUAAUACUGUAGCAGUCUGGCUUUUAAAUAGCGUAACUAGUUUAAUCGUAGGAAUUUUUGCUUUUGCUACAAUUGGAAAUAUCGCUACCGAACAAGGAACGAGUAUUGAGGAUGUUAUUGAUGACGGACCUGGCCUAAUAUUCGUCGUGUAUCCUCAAGCAAUAGCAAAGAUGCCAGCCUCCCAACUCUGGGCCGUGUUCUUCUUUUUCAUGCUGAUUUGCCUAGCGCUGAAUAGCCAAUUCGCUAUUGUGGAGGUCGUGGUGACGUCACUUCAAGAUGGUUUUCCGGGAUGGAUUUCUAGAAAUUUGACAUGCCACGAGAUUCUCGUCCUAGUCAUCUGCGUUGUAUCGUUUUUAUGUGGCAUACCCAAUGUUACUAAGGGAGGAAUAUAUUUCUUUCAACUGAUAGACCAUUACGCAGCUUCCAUAUCCAUAAUGUACCUUGCAUUCUUCGAGGUGAUCGGAGUAGCUUGGUUCUAUGGCGCAUGGAGGCUAAGCAAAAACGUUAAAACUAUGACUGGAAGACAUCCUGGCUAUUUCAUUAAGUUCUGUUGGUUAAUUGCAACCCCACUAAUGAUUUUUGCUUUGUGGGUAUUUUUGAUAAUCGAUUAUGAACCGCCUACGUACAACAAUCGAACUUACCAUUAUCCCACUUGGGCAAUUGUUGUAGGAUGGAUAAUCUGUGCAUUUUCGAUUCUUUGUAUACCCAUUACGAUGAUAGUUGUAUUUUUGAAUGCUCCCGGAUCUACUUAUAUUGAGAAGUUUAAAAAUUCAAUCAAAUCAGAUCUCAUCGAUAACUGCCCGAAGUGCAGCGAUCUGGAUUGUGAUUGCGUGAAUGACAGUGAAACUGGUCCGAUGCUCAUAGUAAAAAACACCGCUGAUAUUAAACCCGUUCAAAACGAUAACAAAGAAACUCCACUUUUUACCGCUGUCAGUACACCAAAUAUUCCACAACAAACCGAAGUGGAGGAUGUUAAACUAGGGAAAGCCUCAGCGAGUAUGAUAACGUGCAAGAGGAGAGAAAAACGAAUGAACAAGUGUAAGAUUAAAGAUUACCGCAGUAUGAUAAGCAAACAAGUUGAAGCUUUUAUAUGAAUGACUUUUGAUUUGAAAGUCACACUGUUAAUAAAUUUUUAGUUUUCAC